AUGAUUUUUGCAGUGCUCAUUGUGUUAUUCUGUGCGUUGCUCGCGUUAUGGAACAAAUUGAAACCGCGUGGUCCAUCGCCUCCAGUUUAUCCAGGAGCAUUACCGAUAGUAGGACACGCUCAUCAAUUAUAUGGAGAUCCUAUAUAUUUUUGGAAGAUUCAGAAGAAAAUGUACCAAUUCAGCUUAGACAAUGGUGGUGUCUCAGAAAUACGGUUUGGUCCUCAUUCUGUUUACGUUGUAACUGAUCCAGAUGACAGUCUAGUCGUCGCCAACACGUGCCUGAACAAACCAUACUACUACGAAUUUGCCAAGGAAAUGUUUAAUCGAGGACUCGUCACAGCUAGUUUAACAACAUGGAAGCCCCAUAGAAGAUUGUUGUACCCAGCUUUUAAUAUGCAAGUCCUGGCAACAUUUGUAUCGGAGUAUAAUACUCAGGCCCGGAAUCUGGUCGAAGCGUUAACUUCUGAAGUUGGAAAGGAACCGUUCAAUGUACGCCAUUACUUGGUCAACCAAUUGUUGAAAACUGUGUGUCAAACUUCACUAGGAUUAGAAACCAAAGACAAAUCCAUUGAUGAAGACUACGCAAAUGCUACCGAGGACCUCUUUAUGUUAUUUGUGGAAAGAUUGAAGAAACUAUAUUUGCAUUUGCCUUGGAUAUUCGCUUGGAGUUCUCUAAAGGCUAGACAAGAUCAGCUGCUGAAGAUCAUGAAUGACGCAAUGUUUAGGGUGAUUGAUAGACGAAAAGCGGAAUUGAAAGGAAAUGUGGACAAAACCAAAACAGAUAUCAGAGAUGUAAAAUUUAAGCCACUUCUUGAUCAACUGCUAGAACUAUCUGACACACAAGAUGCUCUAUCAGAUGCUGAGAUUAGAGAACAUUUGGAUACUGUAGUGGCAGCCGCUUAUGAUACUACAUCCAUAGCAGUUACGUAUGCAUUGAUAUUAUUAGGAACCUAUCCAGAAGUACAAAACCGUGCUUAUAAAGAGGUUCAAACAGUACUUGGAGAUGAAGAUAAAGAUUUUUCCAAAGAUGAUCUGCAGCGGUUAGUGUAUUUAGAAGCAGUUUUGAAAGAAAGUAUGAGAAUGUACCCGUCUGUUCCUUGUGUAGCGAGAAGUAUAGAAGCCGAUGUAAAGUUAAAAAACUACACAUUGCCAGCUGGUGCAUCUUGUAUGAUAUCAAUAUAUGGACUGAAUCAUCAUGCAAUUUGGGGUCCUGAUGUGAAUCAGUUCAAACCGGAGCGAUGGCUGGACCCAUCAACCUUGCCUGACAACCCUAAUGUUUUCUGUAGUUUUAGUAUAGGUAAACGCAACUGUUUAGGUCGUCUAUACGCCAUGCUGGUGAUGAAAACGAUGUUAGCGCACGUACUCCGCAAGUUCCUGAUCAUCAGUGAUAUAAACAGUAUCACAACACAAUAUGACAUCCUAAUAAAACCAGCUGAUGACUCACAAAUACGUUUGGAAUUAAGGUCGGGAUAG